GAAGGCACCAACACGUCUCACUUGGACAAACUUCAGCGCGGCUACGAGAACAUGGAUCAUUUCACCACAAACUUCGAACGACAGAGAAGAGCUCUGUCCAACAUCACCUUCAACAGAUACGAUGACGACAGCGACGACGAGGACGAGGAGGCGGAGCUCAGAUCUGCAACAGGAAGUCGAGCCGAGACGCUUCCUGUGGCGGCGGCCGGCCCCUCCCCCUCCACGCCGGCCCCGCCCACCGCGUCCCCUAUGCCCCCCGCCCCCCCCCGCCGUGUCCCCCCACCCUCCCGUCGCCCCGCCCACAUCUCCUCCGGUCGCACCGCCUAUGUCUCCUUCACUAGCCCCGCCCACGUCUCCUUCACUAGCCCCGCCCACAUCUCCUUCCCUGGCUCCUUCGUUGCCUCCUCCGCUGCUUCCUGCCGUGCCUCCCGUCUCCUUCCCUCCUUUACCGUCGCAGAGAGCUGCAGAGGCCACGCCCACCCCGACACGGAGCCACGCCCCCUCCGCCGCAGGAACCGCCCCCUCAGGCCCCGCCCCCUCGGAGCAAAACGACGCAGACGAACCACGACACGUCUUCAGCUUCAGCUGGCUCAACAAGGAGUGACAUCAUCACUGACAUCAUCAGUGACGUCAUCAGUGACGUCAUCACUGACAUCAUCAGUGACGUCAUCACUGACAUCAUCAGUGACAUCAUCACUGACAUCAUCAGUGACGUCAUCAGUGACAUCAUCAGUGACAUCAUCAGUGACAGUGACAUCAUCAGUGACAUCAUCAGUGGGCGUCUCUUGUUUUGUAAAACUUGAUUGGUCGUUCUGGUUCUGCACGCGCUCAGAAGCUUCUGCGGUCACCUGCCGCACCUGCCGCACCUGUCUUUGGAGUCAGGCUAACGUUAGCGUGAGCGACGCAGAUCCGGUAGAGACUUGGGGGGCGGAGUCUGUGUGA